UUUUCCAACCUGAGGGUUUUUUUCUCACACAACAGCACACAGGGUUUUCCUGUUAACUGAAAAACAAGUUAAAGACAGACCUAAACUAGAGGGACUGUUUUAGCCAUGGACUUUACACCGGCACUUAGAGAAGGAUAACCCCUAUGACUUUAGACUUUAUGGAUAACACCGCUCGACUUGUCGGAACAGUUUGAAAUGCUUCUGUGAAAAGCAGGUGAACUCUGCUCUCCUGUUCUCCCAGGGAGAUUACAGCAGGACAUGCUUCCAGCCACUGAACAACUCGACUUUACUCGCAGCGUCAUGGGAAUCUUGCUCGCACAGAGAUGGAACUGUACUACUGACAACAUGCAGUCAGUAGUAGUCUUUAUGUGAUGUUAUGAAAGUCUACUAUAGGCAGCUUGUUUCUGUGUCACUAACUAAACAGGAAUACAGGUAGUAUUGUUAGAUUUGGCGCUCUCCUGGAGGAGGUAAGCGGAGCUGGGGAGAUUUGUCCAUACAAAGGCCUUUUGUUCCCGGCAAAACGGUAGGAGCAGCUUGGAUAACUGGAGGUGGGGGAGAUGAACCUUUUCUGACAUUUUCGUUGGACAUUUUCCUCAAGUUGCUGCCUGGUUUGGUUUGCCUCUCUUUGCUCUCAGUUUAAACACUUUAAACGAAAAUGGACAGUGCAAGUAAUAAUCCAGAAGGACCAGGGAAGCAGCCUGCUAGUUCCAUCCUGAGUGUCUUUAACUUUAACACUUUCUUCAGCCGGGAUAGAUCUGCCUCUUUGGACGCGGAGUCGGCUGUGUUGACGUCUUUCAAGGAGUUGUCAAAUGGGAAGAGUCCGCUUGCUGAAAGCGGUCAAACUACUAACAAUGAGGACAAGUUACAAGAUAUGCAUGAGAAAGAUGUGACUACUUCCUGUACUGCAGGGCAACAGGCUGAAUCAUUGGAAACCUGCAAGGAGGAUGGCCGCCAGGUUGAAACAACAACAGCUGAUCCAGAUUUGGUCAUGGUCACUAGGGUUGAAAUAUGUAGUGACACAGAAAAUGAGGAUGACGAGGUGGCCCGCAGCAGCACCACUCUGUCAGAGAGGCUUGCCGGGACCAAGAAGCCUGUGGAGGACAAAAAUACAGUGCACCAUGGUGGUGGAGAUGAGCCAAAAGAUGCCAGCAAGGCACAAGCCUGUGAAGUGCCUGUGUUUAGAACACACAAGUUUACAGAUAGAUCGUUGAUAGAAAAUAUUCUAUAUUCAGGCAGGUUUGUCAGCAGAACUGACUCCAGAUCAGUUCCAGUCUCUUCAGUUUCCAAAAAGGGAGAUGACUGCAGUCCAAAGAAGAGCACCACCACCACCACCACGUUGUAUGUGGAUGUAGAAACAUCUGGUGCUACAGAGAAUAGUAGUGACAAUGUGGGAACAGAUGAGAGUAACGAGUAUACUGGCAUAGAUUGUUCUCAACCUGUUCCCUCCAUCGUUUCCGGAGAUCUAGCUUUGGAGGGUACAGGUCGUAGCACUGCUACAGACUCUGUGUUGAAGCAAGCAGACGACUUAAAUAGCUCAAAAAAGGAGAAGACCCAUGAGGAAAGUGCCGAGGCUGAAGAGGGGACUGAGAAACCUCCCUUCAGCCCUAAUGCACACACAACUGGUCCAAAGACACCGGAAACAAGCACACCACCUCCAGCUUCAUCCUCAUGGACCUCAUCCCCAUCCAGAGGCACGACACUGUCUUCGCCCCCUUCCUUCCAGAUGCCGGCUCUCUUCAGUGGUUUGCGGGUGUUGAAGAAAGGAGCUGUGGGGGAAGACAGGGAGACGAUGUCAGAGAUAAAGCAGAGAGAGAAGGAUGCUGACUUGGCCCUGCUCAGCCUAAAGAAGUCAGUAAACAAAGCCAAGCUCUUGAGCCCUGAGCAGAAAACAGCCACUGCGGUCAAAAAACAUGCAGAGCCUAAACCUGUUACGGAAACUAAAAGCAAUGUAAUGGGACAGCUCAGUCAGCUGCUCAACCUAGACGAACAAAAGUCUGAUGACAGGCAGGAAGCUGAUCCAAACAGCAAAAAAGAGUCUGAGAAUGGAGAAGAGGUUGAGGGAGAGAAAAUUACAGGCCCAGAAACCCCCACAUCCUCGCCGGAAAAAAAGAAAACCUCAGACAUUGCCUAUGAAACCUUUAGGAGCUUCUUUGGCCCUAAAACUGUCAAAAAGGAAAAAACAGAAGACGUGGACCUGGAGGCAGUGAAAAAGAAAAUCAAGAAUGAAAAGGAAAAUCUGAGGUCUAUUUUUGAGAGAGCCUCCAAAUCCCCUGGCAAAAGUCCCACAGAGGCUAAUACAGAGGUCACGUCCCCUACAGACAGCGAGGACCGGACUCCAGGACGUCUGCAGGCUGUGUGGCCCCCACCCAAGCCUAAAGAUGAGGAAGAAAAGGUGGGGCUCAAAUACACCGAGGCAGAGCACCAGGCUGCCCUCUUGCAGCUGAAGAGAGAGUGCAAAGAAGAGCUUGAGAGGAUGCACUCUGACUUCGAGCUCCAGAUCUUCCAGUUGCGAGGUGAGAAUGCCGUCUCAGUGUCACAACUGGAAGGAGUCAUUGCCAAGAUGCAAAGAGACAGGUCGUACAAUACAGGCCAGGAGCGGGGUGAGGUCUGCAACGUUGCUGUGUCCACUGCAGAUGACCCGAUCCCCAAGACCUGCCGCACUGUGGGUAUCCAGACAGACAGGGAGACCUUCAUCAAGAGCCCUGAGGGUGAGGGAAGUGGACUUUCUCAAAGCCCAAACCAGACCGUGCCGAAAAAACUCAACUUGGACUCUAUCGGACUAAAUCGAAAAGCUGAAACAGCCACAGGAUCUGCUGGACCACCACCACCACCACCUCCCCCUCCUCCACCAGGCUUCUCAGGACCACCACCCCCUCCUCCUCCUCCUCCUCCUCCCCCUUUGCCAGGCAACAUGGGAGCACCUCCACCACCCCCACCACCGCCUCCACUCCCUGGUGGUGGUGGUCCGCCACCCCCACCACCUCCACCUCCUCCCCCUGGUCUACCUGGAGCCGGUCCACCUCCUCCUCCUCCUCCUCCAGGCUGUGGCCCACCACCUCCUCCUCCAUUCGGGGGCUUCAGUUUCAGCAAGAUCGUGGAUAAAGCUCCACGGAAACCUGCCAUUGAGCCGGCCUGUCCCAUGAAACCUCUGUACUGGACCAGGAUACAGAUACAGGACAAUAACAACAACACACUGUGGGGUUCUCUGGAGGAGCCAAACAUCGUCAACACCAAUGAGUUUGAGGAUCUUUUCUCCAAGGCCACGUUACAGCCAAAGAAGAAGCCCCUGUCGGACACCUAUGAGAAAAAAGCCAAAACUAAGAAGAUUAUCAAGCUGCUGGAUGGGAAGCGUUCACAAGCAGUUGGCAUACUCAUAUCAAGCCUGCAUCUGGAGAUGAAGGACAUUCAGCAAGCUGUUCUUACUGUGGACAACUCUGUGGUGGAUUUGGAGACCAUUGAGGCUUUAUAUGAAAAUAGGGCCAGCAGUGAUGAGAUGGACAGGAUAAUGAGACAUUAUGAGACGUCUAAAGAAGAUGAAGUCAAAUUACUCGACAAACCUGAACAGUUUCUCUAUGAGCUCUCCCAGAUUCCUAACUUCGAAGGCCGAGCCCACUGCAUCAUUUUCCAGUCAGUGUUCCUCGAUACCAUCUCGUCCAUCCGUCGCAAGGUGGACAUCAUCUCCAAUGUCUGCAAAGAUCUGUUAGAGUGUGACCAUUUGCGGGAUAUAAUGGGUCUUGUUCUGGCCUUUGGGAACUAUAUGAACGGAGGGAACAGGACAAGAGGUCAGGCUGACGGCUUUGGACUGGAGAUCCUCCCCAAACUAAAGGAUGUCAAGAGCAGGGACAAUCGCAUGAAUCUGGUGGAUUACGUUGUUUUAUACUACCUUCGUAAUUUCGACGAGCAUGCCGGCACAGAUAAGAGUGUGUUCCCUUUGCCGGAGCCUCAGGAUUUCUUCCAGGCUGGUCAGGUGAAGUUUGAAGACCUCACCAAGGACAUCAGGAAGCUGAAGAGAGAUCUGACUGCUUGUGAGAAGAACGUGCAGAAGGUGUGUGCGAACUCGACAGAGGAAAACCUCCAGCCCUUCAAGGAGAAGAUGGAAGGAUUUAUCUCUGCCGCUCAAAAGGAGCACUCAGCUGAAGAGGACCGACUCAACGCAGCACAGAAACGUUUCCAGGACAUGGUGAGCUACUUUGGGGUGAAGCCAAAGUCCGGAGAGAAAGAAGUGGCCCCGGGUUACGUUUUAAUGCUUUGGUAUGAGUUUUGCAAUGACUUCAAGAACACCUGGAUACGGCAAAGCAAGAACAUCUCCAAGGAGAGGUUGAAGGAAGCUCAAGAAAACAUCAAGAAGAUCACAGCGGAGAAGAGAGUCGAAACCAAGAAGAUCAAUGCCAACAGUCUGAAAGAGAGGCUGCGGCAGAAGGAAGCCGGUGUGUCCUCCAGCUGAGUGAAAAUGACAGAGCAGAAGAAGAAAUGAGGACUGGUGGUGUUGCAGAAGAUGAAAGAUCAGAUCAGAGGCCAUGCAGGACUCAUCUCUCCUGCUUUUGCCACCUGCUCCCUCUGUGCGCCAUACGGACUCACAAUAAAACCUCCCCGGACUCUUACUACUCCCACUGCCGUAGCCCUAUUAACAGCAAUGGACACCCCACCCCCCCACCGUCCGCCCAUCCCCACCCCUAUGCUCCACCACCCUUCUUCUGUCUGCUGAACAGAUAAGAAGCUAGGCCUGCAGCGAGGAUGCAUGGCUGACACGGCCACAGUGAUGAGAGUCUUAGAGGCCAAAGGUUGAUCUCAUUCAUCCAACACAGCGUGACCUCUGAGUGCCCAGCUUGUGAAAGGUCUGAGGGGGUCACUAGGAUUCACAACAGCGCCAGCUGACACGUCCGCGAGGUUCCUUCUGGAUCUGAUCAGACAUUACAUCGGACACCAGAAUCAUGCUUCUGCAUACUCAAAGUGUUAAGACAUUGUUUGCUGUAAUAUGAACAGAUACAGCUGCGUGGAAAGAAAAAUCCUUGUUGAGAAAACAGAUCUGACUCUCUCUUUCUGGAAGUGCUUAAAAAAAAAAAAAAAAAAAGCAGUUUCCAGUGUCCUUCUGCUGUAGCGAAUAGCUUUUCAUUCACCGCGGCUCAUUAAGAUUCUUGUAAAUAUGUCAUGCUGUAGAAACGGCAGGGACGGUACGAUAAAUGAUCCGGGCUGAGGCUUCAAGUGCGGAUGAAGACAUGUCGCGUAUAAGUGUGUCUGUGCGUACAAAUAUGUGGACGUUUCACUGUAUUGUGUAGCACUGCACCAGACUGACCUCUCCUGGGUGACGGCCAGAGAAGAGCAGAACCUGGCAGCGAGCCCCCCCCCCCUCACAUGCACAUAAACAUGUACUUAAAAACAUCUGAGGGACACAAGUUUUAAACUCAAGAUAUUAAAUAUACAUUAUGCAAACCUGUUAAUCCAUCACAGAGUGCUGUGCAUCACAUUGUGUCCGGCACACUUUUUUAAAAGCACUUUACUGCUUGCAAUAGCUCUAUGUCGUAGCUCGCUAUAAGCCCCCCUGCACCCCUGAUUCCCUGACUUUUCAAAUGUCUUGCACUUUUUUUGCACCUCUUUUCCUAUGCAAGGGUACGGUUUCCUUGUUAUUAAGAUUUAUUCAUUGUAUUGCUUCAUGAUGAGAUCCUAUUAGUUUAUUAAUAGUGUUUUGCUUUAUUUCCAUAAGUCUAUGUAACUACACCCCUGUAACAUUGAAGAAAAGUCUAUUUAUGUAAGGAAAGAUUUAUUUUAUGCUAAAAAACAAACAAAACACAAGCUUUGUUCCCUUUGAGGUUGUAUUUUUAUGAGUUGUAAUCGACUGAGAAGCUGACUGAGGGAUCAGUCAGGUGAAAAAUAUAUUUUCACGUGGAUAGUACUUGUAUGUUGUGCCCACUGAUUAACAGGGAAUUUGCGUCGAGUGAAGAUGGCUGCCUUUUCUGUUUAGUUUUGGAGAGAUGAGGGUUGUAUAUUGAGAACAUUUAAGCAUAUCACUUGAAGCCAUGUGAGUUGUAAUACCUCAGACAGACUUCCGUUAUCAGAGCAUCCGUAAAACUGCACCUUGAAUUACUUUUCUUGCCUCCAAAGUCUUUCACGUGUGCCAUUUAUUUUGUAUAAAAAUUUAGAUAUCUCAGAACUGCUAUGUUUUACUCAAGAGGGUUUGAAAAACCAAGAAAA